CUUAAAUUUCUUUAUUCAUCUGUGUAUUGUUAGUGGUUUUAUGGAAAGUACAUCACAAAUGAAAACAUCUCAUCAUUUGGUUGAUAAAUUCAGUUUAUAAGAUGCUCAGUCAAAAGUUUAGAGCAAAAUAAUUUACAUUGCAGUUUCUUCAUUAAAAACAACUAGAAACAAAAAGAUUGAAAGCAAAAUCAGCAUAACAUACCAUGCAAAUAUGAACAGAAAAUAUGACAAAAGCAUUAAAUUAGACAUAGGGGCCACUUAAUAAUCAUAAGGAGUAUAAUCCACAAUGAAAAUGUAAUCGUUGUGAGUCUUUCUGUAUCAAGCAACAAACCAUCAAAACAAAAAUGGAAAAAGUAAAAGGAAAAAAACAAAUUGUAACAAAGGAGGCUCAUCUCAUCUCUCAGCAAGUGGCAGAUAAGUAUGAAAAAGUCAGAUCGAAGCUCUAAUUAGUAAGGUAAAAAUCAAUAGAUAUGUCAAACUCUAUGCCAUGACAGUUUGUUUUCAAGUUCCCAUGAAACUUAAAAAAAUUGACCAAUUUAAUUCAAAAUGAUAAUUGCAGUAUAAUUAAAAAUGAUAAUGAAAUAAUGGUCAAGUUUUGCUAAAUGUAAAAUUCACUGCCCUAGGCAGUUAUUAUGAAAUAAGAAAUGAAAGUAAACCAGUUAAGCAUUCAACUGAAGAGAAAAAUGAGAAAAGAACUAUAAAAUAGUUAAAUGAUGUAAUUAGUAAGGAAGGAUAUAGGCAGAAAAUAAUAAAUUAGAAAAAAGAAAAAUAGAACUGUUAAAUCCAAGAGUUAGUUCUUUGAAGAAAAAAAACGAUAAGAGAAAGCAUCUAUCGACAGAAUUAGCAGUCAGAUUGGGGAAUGACAACUGAUAGAAAAUUAAAAUAAUUAUAAGUGUUCUUUGUUCAUCUCUGCAAAAAAUUUUUAAAAACCUGGAUAAUUAUUAAAAAAUAUAAAUAGCCUAAAUUAACCCCAGAGGAGAUAGAAAAAAAAUCUAAAUAGUCUAAUUACAACAGGAGAAAUUAAGAAAGUAAUGAAGAAUGCCCCUGAAAGUUUCAUAGGUGGAAUUCUCUCAGAUCUUGAAGGAAAAGAUUUUCUUUUUAAUUCCAAUUUAGUAUAAACUUUCCAGACUGCAUAGAGAAGAAAACUAAGCAUUUUUUUUUAAAGCCAAUGUAACACUGAUACAACGUCUUGUAAAGCACAAAAAAAACUCUACAGACACAUGGUGUUAUCUAAACAAUGCAAGGAUGGUUCAACAUUGGGAAAUCUAUUUGAAUGUGGUAAACAUUAUUUACCGUUACGGAAAAAAAAAUCCUCGUCUCAGCAGAUGCUGAAACGGAUAUUUAACAAAAUUCAACAUCGAUUAAUAGCUAAAAAAACAAAAAUCCUUAGUAGAAGUAGAAAUAGCUGGAUACUUCCUAAUGGUAUAACACUUAGAAGCAUUCCUAUUAAAGGACAAGGCAAGCAAUCCCACUGUCAACUAUCGCUGAUACUAUCAAAUGGUCUGUAAAUGUGGGUCCGUGCAAUUAAAUAAGAGGAAAGAAAGAAGAAUAAAUAUUAGAAAGGAGUGAGCCUUUUUUUUCCCCCAGAUACUGUUAUAUACCUGGGGCGGGGUGGGGAAGGCAAGAAAAUCAACGGAAAUAGAAUACAGAAAAAUUCAGUGAAGAGCCUAGUUACCAAAUGAAUAUUCAAAAAACAAUAGCUUGCUGGGCAGAGCUGGGAGGUGGGAGGUCUAGUGCGUGAGCGUGCGCGUGUGUACAAGCGUGUGCACGCACUUGCCGUGGGCAAGGAAGCGCAUGCGCUAGGCAUGUCCAUAUGCGCAUGCGCCAGGCGUACCCAGAAGCCCCCGCGUCUUCCGCAUUUUUGGGUUUGCCGUCUGAACCGACCGCACCUUGCUGUGGAGCUCGCGUCUUCUUCCGGAGCUCGCGCUUUUCUCCCUCAGCCUUUCUUUUCCGCGGCCUUCCGGUCACCCACACGCUGCCCAGUGGCCACAGCUUCUGGGGAGCUCUCAGCCAUGGCCUCAGAGGAUGCUCUCUACAUCGCCACAGAAAACUCGGAGAUGCCUGUGGAGGUGCGCCAGAUCUGUGCGGAGACCGUCCCUGUGGCGACCACGGCGAUGGGAACCGUUGAGUACGAGGAUAUCAGCGGCAACUGGAUCCACGGCGGCCACCACCAUCCACCUUUGAUCGCACUGCAGCCGCUCAUUAUCAACAACCCGAACCAAGGUGACCAGGAAAUGGUUAUGGUGCAGACGCAGGAGGAAGUGGUGGGCUGCUACGAAUCAGACAGCAACCUCGAGAAUCAGAUGACCGACCCAAUUGAUGAGAACGACUACUUCCAGCAGACCCUGGCUUCCUUGGCAGCCUCCGCGUCAUCAUCGGCCUACGGCUGCGGCAAGAAGCGCAGCAGCCGCGGCAAGAAGCCCAGCGAUAAGAAGAGUUACACCAGCAGCGAGGCCAAGGCCGGAAGCAGCAGCGGCUCCAAGACUGUCAGGAAGAAGUGGGAGCAGAAGCAGGUGCAGAUCAAAACCCUGGAGGGUGAGUUCUCCGUCACCAUGUGGUCCGCAAGCGAUGAGAGAGACAAUGAGCCAGAAGGACAGAACUCACCUCCUGAUUACUCAGCGUACAUGACGGGGAAGAAACUUCCUCCUGGAGGAAUACCUGGCGUUGACCUCUCAGAUCCCAAACAACUGGCAGAAUUUACUAAAAUGAAGCCAAAAAAAACCAAAGAAGAUGCUGCAAAAACAAUAGCUUGCCCUCAUAAAGGCUGCUUAAAGAUGUUCAGGGAUAGCUCUGCUAUGAGAAAACAUCUGCACACCCAUGGUCCCCGAGUCCACGUAUGUGCAGAAUGUGGCAAAGCUUUUGUUGAGAGCUCAAAACUAAAACGACAUCAACUGGUGCAUACUGGAGAGAAGCCCUUUCAGUGCAUAUUUGAAGGCUGCGGAAAACGCUUUUCCCUGGAUUUCAAUUUGCGUACACACGUGCGAAUCCAUACUGGAGACAGGCCCUACGUCUGCCCCUUCGAUGGUUGUAAUAAGAAGUUUGCUCAGUCAACUAACCUGAAAUCGCAUAUCAUAACACAUGCUAAAAACAAAAACAGCCAGUAAGGAGAGAAGACCCUUCUCAAACUCAGGAAACAUCUUUCAGGAGUGUGACUGGAAAUAAUUAUGCUUCUCUUUUAGAGUAUGUUGUUUCUAGGAAAGAAUUUUUUUAAAUGAUUCCUACACAUCUAAGGGUCAUGUUUUGAUAGAAUAGUAAAAAUUUGAAAAGUAAAAAAAGUAAUUCUUUAUAUAACAUUGUUAAGAUGCUCUGUCUUGUUCUGUAAUACCAUUUGAAAAACAAUGUUUGUGUAAAGUUUGGACCCAGGAGGAGGAGGAUAAUUCAUGAACUUCACAUGAAAAGACAGUUCUUUAUACAGCUGUGCCAAAAAUGGGACUUCUUUUCACAUUCUUUUAAAUAUGAAGUUCACUUAUUGCUUACAAUUUUAAAAAGUUCUGUAUUUUCCAAAUGUUCAUGUUUAUACUUUUAGGAAUAUGUUUAGUAAUUCUAUGUAUGGUUCUUUGGAGGUUGAUAACUUUACUUACAGAUUUUCUUUAAAAGAAUGAACAGUUAUAAAAAAUUUUAAAAAAUGUAAAAACAAUUGGAAAAAAAGAAUGAACAGUUACAUGCAUAUGUAAGGUAUUAUCCUGUUUUAAGAAGUUACAUAGGUUUUGUUUGCUCUGUUAAUUUUGGUUGUAUUUUUUGAUGUUAACACAUUUUGCAUAACUAUUUUAGCUGCAUUGAAUUAUGUGGUAUUGAAUAUUAGAUGUAACUUAAUAGUAUUAGUCAAUUUAAACCUAUUUUGGUCAUUUUAUUUUCCUCAGAUACUACCAAGUGCUGUUUAGUGUGAUUUCUUUGCCUGUCAGAGAGUGGUGCUCAGUUGUAGAAUAUAUUGUGUAUAUAUUGACUUUUUAAUGCUCGAUAUGUACAUUUUAUGUGAUAGAAAAAGCAAAAAUAAAGUUCGUGUUCUAAAGAGAAAAACUUGCCUGUAUAAAUACCAUAGCUAGAAAACAGAAAACGGGGAGAGUGCUACCAGCAUCUGGUGGGUAGAAACCAGGGAUGCUGCUAAACAUCCUACAAUGCACAAGACAGACCCCCACAACAAGGAAUUGUCUGGCCCCAAAAGCGAAUAGUGCCACUGUUGAGAAACUCUGCUCUAGAGAAAGUAGAAGUUAUAACAAAGAUUCUUUUGGUAUACUUAUAAACUAAACAAAUUAUUAAUGGACAAGAGGUUGUUUAAAUAGAGGAAAUGUGUGUGUUCUAUCACCCUCAUUGGCACUUAGCCAUCAUGGGCAAAUCUGGAAUCUAGAGGGGUGAUCUGGUACCAGCUAUAUUCCUGACAAGAGAUAGGAGGCUGCCCAGAGAGUCAAGGUAUCAAUGCUGCUGUGUGCCCCACCUCACUGUUGUUUCGAUGGGAAAAGUCAUGGUUGAGUGGUGGUAUCAUCCUGAUAAGGGAGAGGUAGUGAGGGUGCAAGCAUCUAGGCAAUCCUGAGGAGUUGGGGGAAAAGCUGAAUUAAAAAUAAAAUUAUAAAUGAAAAAGCAAAAUAUAGUUUCUGAUAAAUAGUUUGAUACCAUUGGUGCUUUUAAAAGUCUCUCUGGGUAUAGAACAGAAAAGAUUAUUUACCCAAUAUGUCCUGGACUAGACUUGCUCUGGAUAUUUCUGAAAUUUAACGACUUACA